UUUUAGAACAUUUGAAUAAAUAUAAAUCUUAAAUUGGAAAAUUGGAAGUUGAUAAUUGGAUAAAAAUGGCGGCUAAGGGUGAUAAAAACGCAUCGGAUGAAAUGAUAGACACCAAAUGCUCUGUAUGUGCUGGGAAAAAUAUAACGCGAGAAGCUGAAAAAUAUUGUGUAGAAUGUCAGGAAUAUUACUGUAUACCAUGUACAGAUACGCAUAAAGCUUUCCCUGCAACGAGAGCACACAAAUUGCUGGAUAAAGCAGAUUCCAGUACACAUGGUCUACGGUCAUCUUUACCGUCUUUUCCAACAGAGAGAUGCCCGAUUCAUAAAGCGAAACUUUUGGUCAUGUUCUGUAAGAACCAUGAUGAGGUUGUCUGUGCCACUUGUGUUGCUAUAAAUCACAGAACAUGCCAGGAUAUACUCUUCAUUCCGGAUGAAGUUGACAAUCUAUACAAACAACCAGUUUCUGAUAAAACCAAGAAACAACUCCUUGCAGCAAAGAAGGAUGUAGGGGAUAUUAAGAAAGCCAAACAACAACUCCUUAGUGACCUAAAGAAACAAAAGCGGAGAGCAACUGAUUCUAUCACAAAGUGCAGAAAAGAAAUGGAGGCUGAACUCAAGAGACUUGAAACUGAAUCAAUCAAGGAAGUUGAUACACAAUAUAGUAGUAUGGAAAGAGAUCUACAGAGUGAGAUCAAGGAAGCAGAGCAACAUAGUGAUGACCUGGAACAGUUUGUUGCCAAUCUGCAAAUGUCCAAAGGUAAUAAUGCCCAAGAGUUUGUUUGUGUCAAAACUUCUCAGAAAAAAAUUCUUACAGCUAAAAGAUCAAGUAAAACAAAAAAAGAAGUUACAAUAAUUUUUUUUGCUGAUAUGAAAAUCAAAAACUACAUAAAACAAUUAAAAACAUUAGGACAGGUGUCUACAGCAGAAACAACUUACAAGCCAAGAACAUCAGCAUGCAAAGUGAAGCAGAAGAGAGAUAUUGAUAUUAAGCUUAAAGAAGACAAAUAUGCAUGUGGAAUAUAUGGAUCCUGUUUUACUGAGGAUGGCUCCUUGUUGCUUGCUGAUUUUUAUAAUAACAAGUUGAAACAUCUUGAUGUUUCAACAGAUACUAUGGUAGAUCAACUAGACCUGGAAGAAGCACCUAUUGCUGUAUGUCUAACCAGUAAACAAGAAGCUGCAGUAAGUCUUCGCAACGCCACCAUACAGUUUGUAUCACUUGGAGACAAGGUGGCAACAACACGGAAGCUGAAGAUGGAUCAUUUCUGUUAUGGUUUGGCCUUCAAUGAUGGGAAAUUUUUCAUAUCUGAUGAAAGCAAAACAGUUUAUAUUCAUGAUAUAAAUGGCACCAUGUUACAUAAAAUUACAACUGACAAAUCAGGCAAUCCAAUUUUCAGCAACUCUAGACAUAUCAAUGUGAAUACAAACAGAGACUGUGUGUAUGUUGCUGAUAACAGUCAAGGUGUGAUAUCACUAGACAUACAGGGAAAUUAUCUAUCAACAUUUACUAAUCCUGAUUUAGCUCAGCCUCAGGGAGUAUGUACAGAUGAGAAAGGAAACAUACUGGUAUGUGGGUAUGUAUCAUCAAAUAUUGUCCAGAUAAGUGAGGAUUCAAAAACAAAGUUCAUCAUCAAAGCAGAACAACGUCCAUCAUCAGUCUGCUUUGAUCCUCACCAGAACAAACUAGCUGUAACUCUUGAGUAUAGCAAUACUAUAAAAGUCUAUGAGCUGGAGUAAGAUACAUGUACUUCUGCUGGCAUCACAACACUGAAUAAUUUACAUAACUUUUAAGUCACUAGGACACAAUCAAGUUAGUAUUUAUUUUGCAAUGUCAUAGACCACAGAUAACACAUUAUGUAUAAUAAAACAAUAUAAAAUAAGUUCAACAAAUAAGAAAGGUUUCUACAAAUAUUUAAAUAAAAUGCACCGAUUUAAGAAAUACUGCAGUUGAGCAUUCUUAGAUAGAAGAACAAUAAUUAAGAGCAGUUAAUAAAAGAGCAUAUUUUGUUCAAAAUUAUAGGAAUAACUAGUUACAUAAAAUAUGUUACUAUUCAUUUAUGUAGAUAAAAAACGCUGUAAGAAUUGUGUACAAAGUAUGGUUGCUCUUUAACUUUUAAUGAUAUAGGAAGACAACAAUUGUCCCUUCAGACAUCAUUUCAGGCACAAGAAGGGACCUGAAUGGAACUACAAUAUCUACAAGCUAGUUUGAUAGCUUCUCCCAUUUUCACCUGAACAGGGUUCGAAUCAACAUAGUUGAUUGUUUGUUUGUUUGUUUUGCGUUUAACGCAGUUUUUCAACAGUAUUUCAGUUAUGUAAUGGAGGGCAGUUAAUAUAACCAGUGUUUCUGGAUUCUGUACCAGUAUAAACCUGUUCUCCAAAAGUAACUGCCAACUUUCCCACAUGAAUCAGAGGUGGAGGACACAAUGUCUUUUAUCAUACGGCCCGCCUAAGGAUCGAACGCACCUAUUGAGCUAAACGGGCGGGUUUCAACAGAGUUGAGGGGCAAAGGAUUAUAAGUCAGCAACCUUAGCAUCUCAACCACGCAGCUCCCGACUUCUCUCCACGCACACACCGUUUAUACUUACUGAUUUUAAAGCUUAUUUAAAAAUACAAACAUUCAGCAAAGUGAGAACAUGAUUUUAUAAUGUAACUGAUACAAUACAAGAACUUCAGGUGAAAUUGGAAUAUAAUGGAAUCUGACUUUACACCAAAGUUUAAGAGUAAGGAUUAAAAUUGGCUGUAAGAUGUUUCGUCAUUACGAAACGCUAAUUUACGUUCCCAACAGAAUGUUUUCAAUGAAUUGUUUAAUCUCUUUCUAUGUAGACUUUUUGCGUUUUGGUAAGAAUUUAUUGUAUAUCUUCAUUCGUACUGUACAUAUUCAUGGGAUUAUGAUUAAUAUAUGUACUAUUUGUAAGCAGUACGAUACUACCAAUAUUUAUUUUAACUAGAUGGAAGCUGUGGGAGAAGUUGGGUAGCUGUAAUAUUGUUUAGUAAAUAAUUGGAAGAUAAUAGGCUCAAAUGGGCCUAAGUCACUCACUUUAGGAGGACCUUAACCUUUUAAACUUGUUUCUCAACAAAUUUGGUGAACAUUCAUUAAGCACCUAACGUUUCCCUGUGCUGUGACGACCCCAAACUGUAUAAUCAUUUGAACAAACUUCAAUCCCCAGUUGCUACAGACCAAGUUUAAUGAAGAUCUUUCAAAAUACAUGAGAAGAAGUUCUUUAAAGGUUUUCCUAUUUUUAACUCUGAUGGUUAAGCGUAAGCACUUGAAUAAAAUAGUGGUCCAUGCAAGAAUAAUGCAGAAAAAGUUUGGUGAAUAUCUAUGUAAAUGUUCAUGAGAAGAAGUUGUUUAAGUUUUUGUUUUGUAUUUUUCAGCUCUCAUUUUAUACGCCCGUCUCUGAAAGAGCGGGACGUAUUAUGUGAACACCCGGGGCGGGCGGCGGGCGUCCAAAUGCAUGUCCGCUGUCUGAGUCAAACAGUUUUCAUCCGAUCUUCACCAAACUUGGUGACAAUGAUUACGGGUAUCUCGGCCAAGUUUGAUAACUAGCAAAAUCGCUUUAGGCACUCUCGAGUUAUGGCCCUUGAAUUACUCGAAAUCUGCAAAUUUAGCAUUGUCCCCCUCUAAGUCAAGCAGUUUUCAUCCGAUCUUCACAAACUGGGUGACAAUGAUUAUGGGCAUAAUAUCUCAGCCAAGUUCGAUAACAAGCAAAAUCGCCAAAGGCAUUCUUGAGUUAUGGCCCUUGAAUUACUCGAAAUCUGCAAAUUUAGCCUUGUCCACAACCUUAGUCAAAUAGAUCCGAUCUUCACCAAACUUGCUGGCAAUGUUUGUAGGCAUAAUAUCUCGGUCAAGUUUGAUAACCAACAAAAUUGCUCUAGGCACGCUUGGAUUAUGACCCUUAAAUUAAUCGAAAAACUGCAAGUUUAGCCUUGUCCGCUCUCUAAGUCAAACAGUUUUCAUCCGAUCUUCCACAAACUUGCAGAUAAAGUUUAUGGGCAUAAUAUCUCCGCCUGUUCGAUAAUCAGCCAAUCGCCCCAGGCACUCUUGGACUAUGGCCCUUGAAUUACAUUGUACUCGAAAUCUGCGAAUUUAGCCAUGUCCGCUUUCUAAGUCGAACAGUUUUCAUCCGAUCUUCACUUAACUUGGUGACAAUGUUUGUGGGCAUAAUAUCUCAGCCAGGUUGGAUAACCAGCCAAAUCGCCUCAGACACGUUUGGAUUAUGGCCCUUGAAUUAGGCCAAGUUCGAUGAUGGGCGUAUUUUGUGACAGUCUGCCACUCUUGUUUAAAAACUAUAUUUGUUUUUCACAGUUGGCAUAGUAAAUUACAAUUAAUGCAUAAAAGAGAAAGAAAAUGAAAUAGGGGAGUAGAAGCAGAGAGAAAGAGUGGAAAAAGUGAAAGAAGAAUGUGGUCAUUUUUCCAUUGUAUAUACUCUUCAUCAAAAUUACUAUCCCAUUUGAUUUUUUGAUUUGUAUAUCAAACAAAUUUUAUUUUAGAUAGAGUUAAAAGUAGUGACCAUACAUUUCUACCAUAUAUUAUGCUUAUAUCAGCCAUCUUUACCUUUAUAUUAUGAAGAAUACAUUUAAUUAGCUGAUAAUAUCUAAAAUAAUCUAUAGUUUCCAAAUCAUAUUCUUAAAGUUUUCAAAGGAACAGAAACUAUUCGUUUUCUAGUAAAUAAAGUGCUGUUACAGUAUAUAUCUUAAUGCAUGUUUCAUACCAUUCCUUGUUUAUGAUUUGAGUUUUAUUUCAGAGUUGUUCCAUAUGAUUUGAUGACUAACUUCUGUUUCAUUUUCACUAUCUAUUUUU